AUGUGGCUAAAUCGCUACUCCCAACACCCGUCGCCGUCGUCUUCGCCAGCGCCCCAACGACGACCCAGUCACCUUGCCCCGGGCCCCCUUCCCCACAGACCUGCCAUCGCGAACCGCUCUUCCUCUCUGUCUCUCCUCACCAACGGAUCUACCGAUAGCCUGCCUGCUGCUGCGAGAUACCCGCCUGCCCACUCCAACCUACGAAAUCAGCUCGAUGCUUCUCCUGUUGACAAUGUUGCCCAUCCACUCGACGUCCUGCGCGACAUCUUAGCUCCCGUGCAAUCUGCUUCCCUCUCCUCGGAUCCCACUGCUCACCAUGCUGCAAACAUUGAUCUCGGCGAGCUGAGUCUCCAAGAGUUUGCCGAUGCUCCUCCAGCUUCGGACCCGCCUUCCGAGCAGCCGUCUGUCGAAGAAUUCGAGAAGGAUAAAGCCAAGUUUGAGGAUUUGCACAAGUCCAUUGUCGCCUGUGAUGAAGUCCUCAAGUCUGUCGAGAACUACCUCACCAGCUUCCAGGCCGACCUGGCCGCUGUUUCUGCCGAGAUCGAAACACUACAGAAUCGCUCAUCUGCUCUCAACACCAAGCUUGAGAUGCGCAAGCAAGUCGAGAAGCUACUCGCGCCAGAAGUCGACGCCUUGACCAUUUCACCAUCUGUUGUACGGAAAAUCUCAGAUGGACCCAUUGAUGAUGCGUGGAUCAAAGCUCUGGAGGAUCUGGAGAAGAGAUCCAAGACCAUUGACUCGAAAGCGCUCAGGUCCAAAAGUGCUGCAGAUCUCAAGCCACUGAUAGAUGGCCUCAAGAACAAGGCUGUGGAGCGCACUCGUGAUUAUGUCGUGACCCAAAUCAAAGCAUUGCGCGCUCCUGGAGCCAACGCACAACUACUACAGCAGAACAACUUCAUGAGAUACAAGGAUGCAUUCCAGUUUCUGGACCGCCACCAACCCCAGUUGGGCCAAGAAAUUGGCCGCGCAUAUAUCAACACCAUGCGCUGGUUUUACCUUCAUAACUUCUCACGCUACAAAGCAUCCUUGGAGAAGAUGAACAUUCACAUCAUCGAUAAGACCGAAGUCAUGGCACAAGACGAAUCUACAAAACGAACGACCGUGGUCUCUGGCUCACGAACACAGGCUGCACCGCAUGAUGCAUUUUCGCUCGGUCGUCGCAUGGAUAUGCUCAAGGGAAGCUUCAAGUCAGCUCUGUCUUCGCAUAUUGCAGAAGAGGACAAGUCUGCGCAUUACCUGGAAGCGCCGUUCAGAGCCUUCAACCUCGCGCUGAUGGACAACGCUUCAGGCGAGUACUCAUUCCUGACCGGCUUCUUCUCCAAGCAGUCGUAUCAUGAGGUCAACCGGAAGUUCACGGAGAUAUUUCAACCAACAUUUGCUCUCGGCCAGGCUUUGACCAAGCAAUUGAUCGACCCGACUGUUGAUGCCCUGGGUCUGUUGAUCGCCGUCCGUCUCAAUCAACAGUUUGCUUUCGAGCUGCAGCGAAGAAAAGUACCCGCCAUGGAAGGCUAUGUGAACGGCACGAACAUGCUCUUGUGGCCACGCUUCCAGAUAGUCAUGGACGCUCACUGCGAAUCCCUUCGCAAAGCCACUUCUUCACUCUCAGGACGUCCGGCAGGCUCGGCACUCAGUCUGACAUCUUCGGCAUCCGCACCGCAAUCGAUCGCACCGCAUCAAAUAACCCAAAGAUUUGCGAAUUUCACUCAGGGGAUUCUAGCAUUGAGCAGCGAGGCUGGUGACGAUGAGCCGGUUCACAACAGUCUUGGGAGAUUGCGUAACGACUUCGAAGCAUUUCUGACAAAACUCAGUAAAAGUUUCGCGGAGCAAAAGAAGAGAGAUCGCUUCCUUGCGAACAACUACUCGUUAGUAGGCACCAUCAUCGCUGAAACAGAGGGCAAGAUGGCCGAGGAGCUCAAGGCACACUUUGCAGAGAAAGCAGAAGAAUUUGGGGGUCGAUAG